GAAAAACGUGUGCGCGUUACUUUAUGAAAUAAACAAUCGUAAUUUACAAUUAUAUUUUGUAUCAUUAUGUAAUGUGUGUUAUGUGAUAUCAAUAAUUCUACAUUAAAUUUUAAAGACAAAAAAAGAACGGCCGAUUUUCAGAGGCAUAUCGCAAAAAAUCAUGAAUCAUCUGGAUAUCAUCAUCGGGAUCGUCACGACCUGAAACACAUUACACCGAUCAUCAUCGUCAGCAGCUCACGGUAACGAUAGCAGUUGGUCCCUCCUCUUGGGCACCGUGAGCUGAGGUGCGGUCUACCUGCUGUUGCAAAAAACGUCUUCCUCAAUGAUGGGUAAAUCAAAAUCAAAGAAGAAGAAAUGGGUCAAAAAUUUAGAAUCUGAAUCUACAGAAUUAGAGAUUCCUAUACCAAAUUUGCCAGAAAAAAUCCUUUUAAUGCGAGUAAAAAGCGGUACAAAAAUCAGAAAUGUUCUUGGAUAUGCGUUAAAAGAAUUCGCAAAUUAUAAUUGUAUUGUUUGGACCGCAGCAGGUCAUGGUAUUGGAAAAGCUAUUUCCUGUGCAGAACUUUUUAAAAAGAAACAAGAAGGUCUUCAUCAAAUCACUAGAUUACGUUAUGUGGAAUCACAGAAAUCAAAAGAGGAAAAUAAAACUAAUGUAAAUGAAGAAACUCGUCAUGUACCAGAAAUACAUAUUUUUCUCGGAAAGGAAGUAAAAGAUAUAUCCGUACCUGGUUAUCAAGCACCUGGUGAUAAUGGACAAUUCAUAAAUAACGAAGAUAUAAAAAAUGGAGGAAAAGAGAAGAAAGAAGAAAUUAGUAAUAAUUUGAGUUGUAUUGAUGCUGAAGAAUUUGCAGCUAUGGGUUUAAGAACUGGUCAAAAAAGAUCAAAAAAAGAGCAUCAAACAGAAGCGCCACCAAAAAAAAAUAAAAAGAGAGAAAACGAUGAUCAAUAAAAUUGCAUUUUAUAUAAAAUUCGAUUAGAAACAAAUAUAAUUCGAAUAUAAGAAUAAAAAUUUAUUUCAAUAAAUU